AUGUUCUUUCGACACUUGUCUGGACGCUGCAGUAAGCCAACCUACCGCAACAUCCGCAGAGAUCCUGACCAGCCUGAUGCGGGGUCAAACGUGGGUAAUUCUGGCUAUUCCCGGAAUGCGCUUCAAGAUUACUGCCCUGCUGAGAAUGCCAACUUCAGGCUGAAUGUGCCCCCCAAAAGUGCUCCGUCCAGUGGUUGCUCUAGUCCCUUGCUCAGCCCUCGAAGGAUGAGCACUGGAGAUUUCUUCUCAUCUCCUUUUGUGGCUCCUUACAGCCCCGCAGUUUGGUCAGCGCCAGAAUUCCCUUCCAGGGACAUGACGGGGUACUCUGCCCAAGCAUCAUCCGAGGUGGUUCUCUCAGCCCCUGAUCGACCGCUGCUGCACUCCCCGAAUCUGAGAAACCCAGGAAUGAGGUCAAAAGUCCCGAGUGGACCUCCGUCGCCCCUACACUCACAGUACGGGGAGACAGCCGCGGCAUGGCGUGAUAACAAUGGGGGUGUUACUGUCCAUCCACUGCCUCUCCCCCCAGGGGUUGUGAUGCCCAUACAGUCACCUUCUUCUCACCAGAAUGGGUUGAAGAAUGAGGUUGCAUCCAUGGCGAAUAAUUGGCAAAAAGGGAAGCUCAUUGGAAGUGGUACAUUUGGGAAUGUCUAUGUCGCCACCAACAGGUAUGUCUCAUAGGAUUGCAUGACGGCAGUGGUCUUGAUGUCUCUUGCUUAUGCGCUGAGAAUAAUCACAACUCGGUCGACAGGCACACCGGCGCAUUAUGUGCAAUGAAAGAGGUUAACUUGAUCCCAGAUGACUACAAAUCUGCUGAAUGCAUUAAACAGUUGGAGCAGGUCUGUUCUUCACAGCCCGUGGAUAUAUUGUUCGUGAAUUAAUUUGAUAAAUGCUUUCUUUUCCCUUAAUGUGGAUACCAGCGUAAACAAAGAUGGAGGGAUGCGUGCUUGUUUCAUUUGCCUAUUCGUCCAUGCUUUUCUGGUUGACAUUAUCUCAGGGAUUUCAUCUGAUUAACAUGCUGGUAGCUUUGGAAUAACUUCAGGAAAUACUUGUUCUGAGUCAACUGAAACAUCCAAACAUUGUCCAGUAUUAUGGAAGUGAAAUGGUAAGCGUUUUUUCCUUGCACAGAUAUUGGCAUCAACAUAUAUCAUAUGGGAAUUACAUUAACAUAUAGCAUCCACAAAUGCAGGUUGAUGAUCGAUUUUACAUAUAUCUGGAGUAUGUUUACCCUGGUUCAAUAAACAAAUACGUCCAGGAACAUUGUGGGGCUAUCACAGAAUCAGUGGUUAGAAACUUCGCACGCCAUAUCCUCAAAGGACUGGCCUACUUGCACAGUAAAAGGACGAUGCACAGGUUUCGCCCAGUACUUUCUUCAAUCCUGUCUGAACUUACAAGUCUUCGCUUAUAUGAAUUCAUGUUGUAUUCAAGAACAUCAGGCACCCAUUGCAGGUUCCUGUGUUGGCGUGUUAAUAAUGCACAAUUUCUUACAGGGUCUGUUGAUGUUCUGAAUGCAAGAACAGAGCAGAAACUACGUUUCCUUUAUUUUCCUGCCUAGUUUUGACCAUCUGGUCUCUCCUCUUUCACAAUUCCUUUCCCUCUUUCAGAGCUUUCUAUUAUCCAAGGGUUCUUUUGUUAAGCAGGGACGUCAAGGGAGCAAAUUUGCUGGUCGAUGCCUCUGGUGUCGUUAAGCUUGCGGAUUUUGGGAUGGCAAAACAUGUGGGUUUCGCCUCCAUUCUUGUAAAGGGUCACGCAAUUGCUGCAUCUUCUGCAUGGUUUUUUAGUUAUCUCUCAGACUUCUUCGAUCUUCGUGCUAUUGAAUUGUGUUUCUGUAUGUGUUUUUUUUUUUCCCUGUUGAAAAACAGUUGAGUGGGGCGUCUGCCGUGCUUUCACUGAAGGGAACUCCAUAUUGGAUGGCCCCAGAGGUUUCUUUUUCCUCCUAAUUUCUCAUGCUAGUUUCCACUGAGCCAUAUCUUUCACAGUUCAUGUACUCGAUCAGUUCUUGCCGAACACAGGUGAUCCAGGCUAUGAUGAAUCAGGACGUUGGGUACGAUCUUGCUGUGGACAUAUGGAGUCUGGGCUGUACAAUCAUUGAGAUAUUUACAGGAAAGCAUCCUUGGCAAGGUUUUGAAGGGGUAUGCAAUUCACUUCCUCUUUAAAUCAUAGAAAAUAAAUAAAUGAUUGGCUAUCUAUGUAUUAUUUUAUCGAUUAACGUCUUACAAUAGCACGUAGAUGCUUCUGCUGACGACAGAUUAAAGAUCUGGCUUUGGGGUGCUUACUGUGAGUCAUCUGUGCCAUCCGAACUGGGAAGGAUUGUUGUGCGUGUUCUUUGGGUUGAUCAUCCACGAUGAUAUGAGAUCCCCUUGGCUACUUGCACCACCUUUGAAAAUAAAUGAAGCUCCCAUCAAAGAUCCCUGAUAAUUUUUGUUCUUAUCAUCGUCCUUGCUCUUAUUGUGAGCAUUCCUCUUCCUCUUCCUCUUCCUCUUCCUUUUCCUGCAGGCUGCCGCCAUGUUUAAAGUGCUGCAUUCCUCCCCCUGUAUACCGGAAACGUUGUCUGCCGAGGGCAAGGACUUCCUCCAGCACUGCUUCCGAAGGAACCCGGCAGACAGGGCGACGGCGAGCCAGCUGCUAGAACACCCUUUCAUCAGAAACGCCCACCACCAUGAUCUUCACGGUACCAUACAUUCAUUCAUGGGGCUCAGCUUCGCAGUAGGUCCCCUCAUCGCCUUCACCUCCCCUCUCUGA